AUGAAGUACUCAGUAGCUGUUCUGGCCGCCGUGGCCUUUGGCUUUAGCUCAGCCCAGACUGCCACCACUACGUCAGGAUAUCAGAAGCCCAGUGAGGCCGCGAGGCCAGGCGCCAUCACCAACCACGGAUGCUACAACGCGUCAUCAACGACAUGGCAGAAGUACCCCGUAGAGAAUAUCAGUACCGGAUCAUGCACGUUGGAAUGCCAAACUAAGCAGAAGAAGAAUGUCGCCGCUAUCAACGGCGAGGACUGCUACUGCGGUGACUCGUACCCGCCAAAGGUUGACGUUGUCGACGACAAGAAGUGCAACUUCCCUUGCCCAUUCUACCCGGAAGAGGCUUGCGGUGGUGUCGAAGAUAUGAUGUACUACUCCGUCUUCAACACGGGCCUCAAGCUCGUCGUUCCCGAUGAGGACGUUGCAACCACCACAACGGCCGCAGCCACCACCAAGGCCACGACAACAACCGCCGCCAACGGCGUCGUCUCAACCGUCAUCGAGACCCCCGUCGCGACAACAUCGGCCGCGGCAACCGAGACGCCCAAGAAGAGCACCAACGUCGCCGGCAUCGCCGCGGGCGUCGUCGUCGGUGUCGUGGCCAUCGCCGCCAUCGUCGGCGCCGCCUUCUUCUUCGUCCGCAGGAAGCGCAACGCCGAGAUCGAGGAGGAGCACCGCCGCAACGCCGCCGUCAACGCCUUCAUCGGCGGCUCCAAGCCGCCCAGCAGCAGCGGCGUCUCCAUGUCCGACUCCCGCAUGGAUCCCACCCUGGCGCACCGACGCAUGAGCGAUGGCAGCAUUGCCGACAACCAAGAUUACUCGCGGAAGAUUCUCCGAGUUACCAACGCAUGA